AUGGAUAAACUGAAGAAUAAACCUCCAACCCGGUCGGCCACCGUGGAGGAUUUCGGCCAACACCCCCCCUUUUAUAAAUUUGCGGAAAGCAUCUCACUAAACAAAAAACAUACAAACAAAAACUACUAUACUAAUAAAAGCAAUACAGGUACGAAACCCUUAUACGUAGCAACUCUAAACACACUAACUCUCCAAUCAAAAGAAAAAUUUGUUGAACUAGAAAACGCGCUUAAUAAGAUACACUGGGAUAUAAUCGGUUUAGCAGAAGUAAGACGACAAGGCGAAAGCAUACAAGAACUCAACAACGGAAAUAUAUUUGCUUACUUCGGAACUAAACAAGGCCUUUAUGGCGUCGGUUUCCUUAUAAACAAAGAGUUAAAAAAGAAUAUUCAAGAAAUUAAAGGAUUUAACGAUAGGAUAAUAGGAAUGAAAGUCAAAGUAGAGAAUUGUAACAUAUCCAUCAUACAAGUCUAUGCACCAACUGAGAAAGCAACUGAUGACGAGAUGAAUCGCUUUUACAAGACACUGGAAAUAGCAACAGCACACUUUAAAACAGAGAUUUCACUGAUAAUCGGUGAUUUCAAUGCUAAAUUAGGUUUCAGGAAAAAUGGCGAAGAAACCAUUAUGGGAGAAUAUGGCUACGGUAAUCGAAAUGAAAGAGGUAGUCGUCUUAUCCAAUAUAUUUGGCAACAAAAACUUAUAGUUGGAAACUCGUUAUUUAAAAAGAAACCGCAAAAUCAAUGGACCUGGAAUUCACCAGGCCAAAAGUACAAAAACCAAAUAGAUUUUAUUCUUUGCAAUAAAAGAUCAAUCCUUAAAGAUGUGUCCGUACUUAAUAACUUUCAAUUCGAAUCAGAUCAUCGGAUAGUACGCGCGGAGUUGUUAAUCAACCAUAAAACUAGGCAACUACAUAAAACUACAAGAAAAGUAUUAACAAAAUCGAUAAAUACAGAUAUAAUCAAAAGUUAUAAUGCUGAUCUUCAACAACGAUAUAACAUCAUAUCAAGGUUAAAUGAACCUACUCAAAUAGCAUAUAACAAAAUGGAAAAAACUAUAAAAGAAUCUGCAGACAGGUAUAUUCUCACUGCUGUAUCUCAAAAACAGCAAAAACUAUCGAGUGAAACUCUAAAUAUGAUAGCACUUCGUGAUAGUAUUAGAAAAAAGACUAAUCUAAAUGCCCAAGAAAAACAAGAUUUGAAAAAUAUAAGGAAGAACAUCAAAAAACGUUGUCAAGAAGACAUCCAAAAAUUCAAUGACAACCUCUUAAAGACAGUAAUCGAAGAAACGAGAUCAAUAAAAAAGGCAAAGUGUGCAAUCCAAGAUUAUAAAGAGUGGAUAACAGCAAUGGCGGAUAAUAAUAAAAGAAUUCACGAAAGGAAGAAUAUUAACCAAAUAGCUACAAACUUCUACAUUGAUCUAUACAAAACACGCAUAGCAGACACUGAUGAUAUAUUUCUAGAGCGACAAAACCAGGAAGAAGAUUUUCCACUAUUUCUUAAAAAUAUUGAAGAUUUGGAAAAUGUGAUGAAAAAAACAAUGACACACGAAUUGUCCAUUGCACAAUAA